AUGGAAUCGAUGACGCCAAUCUCGUGCCCUACGACUCCUCGUUGGAACCAAGACAGGCCGUUUCUCACUGGCCGCUUUCACCAGGAAACAAGAGCAAGCUCCAAAUUUGCUGAUUCUAAGCGGUUUCCGUUAGAUUCGUCUAGCAAUUCUGGAGUAGAGCAGGCAAUUGGCUGCUAUGAUACACCGGUGCAGGAACUUAUUGUCAUUGAUGAUCUCUUAUCUGCUUUGGUUGGAAUUGAAGGGAGGUACAUAUCAAUUAAAAGAUUCCAUGGGAAGGAGGAUAGUAUAGCUUUCCAAGUUGAUCCAUCAAUGGAUUUGGCACUACAGGCAAGUAGUACUCAUUUAGAGAUGCAAGGAUUUAGUCAUUUAGAGAUGCUAUCAGAUAUUAACAAGUUGGGUCUUAUCUCGCAGUUCAGGAACGGGCUAGUUAACCAUGCAUUCGCAGCUGCACUCAGGGCACUCCUUCUUGUAUGUGAUAUAGGUUGCUACUUUUGUGGUAAUUUCGAUGCAUUGUUUGCUGAGUUAGUGUCUUUCCCUUACUGUUUCAAGUGGGAGCUUUUGCGAACUGGAUUUGGAUUCGAUAAAGAAAUACUCAACUUUGGGGGAUCUUGUCCUGAUCAUCCUUUCUUUUACCAGGACUAUCAAGCUAUGGUGGCGCAAUUGGAACAUCAAUUUCGACUUGGAAGACUUUCUAUCCAAGGAUUAUGGUUUUACUGUCAGCCCAUGAUGGGAUCCAUGCGCGCAUUGGCUGCAGUUAUUCAGCAAGCUUCGGCAAAGCAUUUUGUGGGUUCUGGUGUGCUUAAUCUCUUGCAGAGUCAGGCUAAAGCGAUGGCUGGUGAUAAUUCAGUGAGGUCACUGUUAGAGAAAAUGACCGAGUGUGCAAGCAAUGCAUACCUGAGCAUAUUGGAAAGGUGGGUCUAUGAAGGGAUCAUUGAUGAUCCGUAUGGGGAAUUUUUCAUUGCUGAGAACAGGUCUCUUAAAAAGGAGAGCCUUAGUCAGGACUCGACCGCUAAAUAUUGGAGCCAAAGAUACAGCCUCAAGGAGACUAUUCCUAGCUUCCUUGCAAACAUCGCUGCAACGAUACUGACCACAGGGAAAUAUCUAAACGUUAUGAGAGAAUGUGGACACAAUGUUCAGGUUCCCAUUUCAGAGAGAUCUAAGUUAACAAUAUUUGGUUCAAAUCAUCAUUAUCUUGAAUGCAUAAAGGCUGCUCACGAAUUUGCCAGUAAAGAGCUUGUGAGUCUCAUCAAGGAUAAGUAUGAUCUCAUUGGAAGGCUUCGAUCUAUAAAGCACUAUCUUCUUCUCGACCAGGGUGAUUUCUUGGUACAUUUCAUGGACAUUUCUCGAGAGGAGCUCAACAAAAAGGUCCAUGAAAUAUCUGUUGAAAAGUUGCAGUCUUUGCUAGAUCUUGCUCUACGUACCACAGCGGCUGCAGCAGAUCCUCGCCAUGAGGACUUGACUUGUUGUGUGGAUCGAACUUCAUUGCUUACGACUUUGGGAAUGCACAAAGACACUGAUAGCAGUAGUAAAGAGGACCCAGUGAGCAUCACUGGUCUAGAAACAUUUUCCUUGAGCUACAAGGGGAUUCGAUCAAUGAACUCUAACGGUACAGGAAUUCGUAGAUCAUCGCUUCUCUGUCGUAGCAUGCUAAAAUUCAUCAGUAGCCUUCUACAUUAUCUAACAUUCGAGGCAAGUCGUGAAUUUUCUCUUUGUUGUGUUCUCGAACCAAAUUGGCAUGUGAUGCACGAUAGACUACAAACCACAAGGAGUGUAGAUGAGGUGAUACAGCAUCACGACUUCUUUCUUGAUAAGUGUUUGAGAGGAUGCUUGCUUCUUUUACCUGAUGUCCUCAAGAAAAUGGAGAAGUUAAAAUCAGUGUGCCUGCAAUAUGCCGCAGCCACACAGUGGCUGAUAUCAUCGUCUAUAGACAUCAACAGCGAGUCUCAUCCGCAGAAGACAAUGAUAAGAGACGCAACUGUCACAGAGUCCAUAUUCAAUUUUGAGAAGGAAUUCAACUCAGAGUUGCAGAGCUUAGGACCAGUUUUGAGCAAAGGCUCACAGGCUGAGCCAUAUUUGACUCAUCUCUCCCAGUGGAUCCUUGGUGUUUCGAAAGAAUGA